AUGCAGAUCAACGCAAACUGUAAAGUCAACCAAGUUCCAUUCCCGGCCGUCAGCUUGUGCAACUUCAACGUGGUAUCUUUGAAAGAAUCCAAGAAUAUAGAGACAGUGUUAAAAAGAUACAACAUCACUGAUGAUCGUAUACACAAGUUUUUCAACGGACUAGCCGCCUUAAAAGAUAAUGUUAAGCAGAGUAACAAUUUCACGGAAAUUUUGGCCAUAUUGAAACAUCACUACUUUACAAUGGACACGAUAAUGGAAGAAGUCCAUCAGAAAUGCGAAAACUUGUUAAUCUAUUGCUCGUUCAAUAGAAAGGAGAAGCGAUGUGACAAUCUGUUCAGUCUUAUCAAGACUUAUGAGGGUUACUGCUGUACUUUCAAUUACGCUGCUUUGAAUGAUGCAAGUGAGGUACCUCUGCUACCUCCGGAUGAAGACUUGGAAUAUUAUGAAGAUCAGAAUCAAGACGCCCUAACUCAAACUAGUGGGAUUAUUACCACAUCGGAAUCUGGCGGGAUGUCCGGUCUAAGUGUCGUCUUCAAUGUGGAGCCCGGAGACUAUCCGAGCUGGUCACCUAUUCCUUAUUACGGAGUCAAGGUCCUCAUCAGUGACCCCAACGAUUAUCCGGAAACAACAGUGCUCUACCGUUUCAUAACCUUAGGGGAAUCAGUGGCCAUCAAAGUUGACCCGAUGGUUUUCCAGAGUGAGUCUAACAUUCGCAGAGUGGUCCCCGACAAAAGGGCUUGCUGGUUUCACGAUGAAGUGAUCUUAGGGCACACUGACAGAUAUAGUUUCGAAACUUGUCACACCGAAUGCAAGAUGAAGACUUACUUGGAUACUUGUGGAUGUAUCCCCUUUAAGUACCCAAGAGAGAAGUCAACAAGGAUAUGUGAAUUUGAAGAUUUAAAUUGCCUCAACAAUGUCACAGUUUAUAAGUCACGUGAGAACAUGGAUUGCAAGCCGAUGUGUUACAUGGAAUGUCAGGAUAAAAAAUAUAGCAUCACAAGCGAUCUCCUGCCCUUCCUCCCCGAAGAUUAUCCUAAUAAUGUUUCGUGA